AUGUUGGUUAUGGAUAAUUCUGAUGGAAGACAAUUUCAUUCCACACAUCACUGUCAAUGUAUCCAUUCAAUGUAUGCAAAAACAUUAACAAACACAACUUUAAUACCGACAAGGAAAUCAUUUAUCAUUUUGAUUGUGUUGAUACUCGCAUUUAUACUUCCUGAUUAUGCUUCAGGAUUGACAAAUUCAAAGAGUGUUGUUAAUGUUCCAUUUUACAGACAUAUGUUAACUACUAGUGCAACUGGAAAUAUCGGCGAUGACAAUAAUGUGUCGAUUCAUUCAUCAGAGGAUUUUAGAUUACCACGUACAUUGUUUCCACAUCUCUACGAUUUGUCAAUUCAAGUCCAUUUGCAUGAUAACAAGUCACAAGCAUUUUUCUUCAAUGGAUCUGUGACAAUAAAAGUUUUCUGUAAUGUGUCGACAACCGAGUUCUUCGUACAUGCAGCCGAUAAUCUGAAUGUGAGCUUGGAUCAAAUCCAUAUGUCUCUUCUUCAUGAACAAAAUCAAACAAGUUCUAUCAUUGAAAUAGAAGACGUUAGUUAUUUUAAAGAUGCUGAGUGCUAUCGAAUUAAACUCAAAACGCCUUUGCAACCAUAUACUUAUUACAACCUGACAUUUGGACAGUUUCGUUCUGAUAUGAAGUAUGAUUCUGAUGGACUGUAUAUUAGCAGAUAUUUGGAAAAUGGGAUUUACAAAUAUGUGGCAAGUACUGAUUUAGAACCAAGUGAUGCCAGGCGUAUAUUACCAUGUUGGGAUGAACCAGAAUUUAAAGCAAAAUUCAAGGUCAAUAUUGUACGCGACGAAAAUUUCCAUUCGCUUUCAAACAUGAAUUUGGAAAGUACGGAAGUGUUGUACGAUAACUGGCAUGUCGACAGGUAUAACACCAGUGUGAAAAUGUCCACAUAUCUGUUGGCAUUUGUAGUUUCACAGUUUUCGAAUAUUCAGAGGACAGACAAUAGAGGACGAAACUUCACUGUUUGGGCAAGACCGGAUAAAAUUCGAUCAGCUGAAUAUGCACUUGAUAUUGGCAUAAAAUUAUUGGGAUACUUUGAAGACUAUUUUGGCAUCCCUUAUUCACUUCCUAAAAUGGAUAUGAUUGCGAUUCCUAACUCUUCAAUAACGGCAAUGGAAAACUGGGGUUUGAUAACGUAUAGAGAAAACUUAUUGUUGUGGGACCCAGAAAAUUAUUCAGUGGCAUCCCAAAUCCUCGUGACUUUCGUUAUUUCACAUGAACUUGCUCACCAGUGGUUAGGAAACUUGGUGACAAUGAAAUGGUGGGAUAACUUGUGGUUAAACGAAGGCUUUGCAACAUUUUUCGAAUACAUCGGAGUACAGUUACUACAUCCUGAUUGGAAAGUAGAUGAACUAUUCAUACUGGACGAAUUGAUUCGUGUGCUUGAUAGAGAUACGUCGAUGAAAUCAAGACCAGUCAUUUAUUCAGUCAAUACCACAACACAAAUCAAAAGCAUGUUUGACAUAUUCACCUAUAGUAAGGGCGCCUCCUUGGUUUGGAUGAUGGAGAAAUUCAUGGGCCGUAGUGCGUUUCAAAACGGUGUAAAAAGAUAUUUAAUUCAAAACCAAUAUAAGAACACAGAUGAAAAGGAUUUAUGGAAGGCAUUAUCUGAAGAAUGGAAUACUCAAGAAAAUCAUUUAGAUAUUGAAUUUAUUAUGGAUUCUUGGACUAAGCAGAGGAAUUAUCCACUAGUGAUUGUGAAGAGAAAUGGGUCGAAUGUGUUUUGUUUUGAGCAGAAGCGUUUCUUUCAACACUAUGGUAACAAGUCAUCUCAAACAAAUCGUGAACACCCCUGGAUAAUACCAAUCACCUAUGGGUCAGCACAAACGGUGGACUGGACAAAUGUUGAUAUUGUGUGGAUGGUGAACAACAAAAUGAAUCAAACAAUGAACAUAAACUCAGACGACUGGUAUUUGUUGAAUGUAAAACAAGGUGGAUUUUAUCGGGUUCACUACGCUGACAAUAACUGGAUCUUAUUAAUCAAUCAAUUGCAAAGGAAUUUCAAGGCUAUUCCAGUUUUCUCACGCGCACAAAUAUUGAAUGAUUUAUUCAGUCUUGCAAAUCGUGAUAUCGUACCGUAUACCCUUUUCCUGAACGCGACAAAAUAUUUAAACCGCGAAGAUGAGUUUAUUGUAUGGAUAACAGCUAGUCGAGCGCUGCUCUACAUUAAUAGCAUGUUUGCUCUGAAUGAGAAUUAUGAUGUUUUCCAAGCAUACUUGCGAACUCUUGUCGAUAACCGAAUUCGAUCAGCUAGUCAGUCAUUUGUUAGUACAGGUGAAGAUCCUCAAAAGAUACGUUUUGACGAUAAUGUGAUCAAACUCGCUUGUAUAGCUGAACAUCAUCUUUGUGUGAACAAAACUACGGAUCUCUUCAGACAAUGGAUGUCGAAACCCGAAACGAACCCCAUACGACCUGAUUUGAGAUUCAUUACUUAUUGUACAGCUAUUCGUCAUGGUGGUCAACAAGAAUGGAAAUUUUUAGAAAGUCAGCUGACGUUGAACGAUUCUGUAAAUGAGGAAGAGACUGAAAACAAGAUGUUGGCAUUAACGUGUUCUCGUGAUAAAGAAAUUAUGAAAGAGUACUUAAGGCGGGUAAGAGAGAACAAGAACUUCUGGUUUACGCUUGACUAUUUCUCAGAGUCUCCAGUUGGUAACCAACUUUUAUGGGAUCACCUGAGUGAUGUACAAAAUCUUGUUGAACAUAAAGACUUUACGAAAUUAUUAACAAAAACACUAACUGGGUAUCCUUACUCAGUGUUUAGUGGAACAAAUCAUGAAAAGAUCCAUGUAACAGAAGCAAAUCAUCAGAUAGACCCUGAACUUCGAAAGACGAUCGAUUAUUUAAUUCAGAUAUCCAGAGAAAAAUUGAAAUGGACUGAAAACUAUUCUGACAUUAUUGUUCGGUGGUUGAAUGAAAAUAUCCCAGUAUUUACCUAUUUAUCAUAG